AUGGCACAACUACUCAGGACAUACCGCCCGCUAGACGAGGACGAGGACGAUGCGCCCCCACCCUACGAGGCCACUGCGACAAACACUAUCACAGCUACAACUGCAACUACCGCUGCUGCUGGAGCCACACAGUACCCGGUCCUUGAUACCUCCCAUCUCAGUCACAACAGCAACGCCCUGCAAGAUGACGGCACCAUGUCCAUGCCUCCACCACCAAUCGACUACUAUCCUCCUAUGACAACCACUGCCAUCCCAACACCUGCCUCGACCGUAACUGCAGCUCACACAUCAUACCCUGUCCUCGCAGGAUCAGCGUCCUACACUGCAUACCCGACUGCACCACUGCAACCUCAAGCUUAUCCUGUGAUGCCGAUCCUAAACGCCAAUAGCUCGUAUACAAUGCCCUAUUCAACCUCACCGGGAGCGCAGCUACUACAACAUCAACCGAGUGCUCCAUGGGCAGUGAUGGAAGCUUCUCCUGGGACACAGUCAGCAGCUAGUCAGCCAUACACACCGCACGCCAUCCCAGUAGAACCGGCAAUCCUAGACGACAAUGACGACACUAACAAAAUCGGAUCAUCUCAAAGCCUGGAGCGCAACUUGAUUGAUUUGGACGAUGGGGCCAACGCAGAAAAUGUCUCACUGCGUAGCGUUUCUUUGCCAACACCGUCUUCUUCCCCGCCGCCAACAGUAUCAGCAUCUAUAUCAGUGCCAGCUGUUUCGCUAGUCACUAAUUAUAGAUGCAGAAGGUGCGGCGCAAUCCUAGAGUCGGAAACAGCUGUCUGCAAAAGACUUCAUACCCUGACUCUCAACCUAGCGGAGAAUCAGGUUCAGCAUGCUACAAGAGCAGAUCUUGAAGGACGCAGCAGGGAUUAUGGCGGUCUAGGAUCCUCUUCAUCCUCCCCGACUCAGGCUGGAACGACAUGGACCAGUAUAGAAAGGGGAAGUAGUCAUGGAAGCAACAAUAGUCCGCCUCUUGACCACAGCUACGUUGGAGGGGAAAGUGCAGCUGCAUACUCAAACAACCCAUCCCAGGCAAGUCCGGAAAACAACUAUGGAACCAACGCCACGUACUUUCGUCGAUCGCGCAGUGUGCAGACCCCAGUAACGGCGCUCAAGAAGUUGUGGCGAGAUGCCAAGAAGGAAAUCAGUUACCGACAGUCUGUCAAUUCCCGACAGCCUGAGAUCGUGGCCCCUUCACCGCUGAUUUCUGUGCAUGGGGGCACUGGUUACGACGAUGGUACAGGUGGCACGGAGGCUAGCCUGGGCAGGUCCAACACACUAGCGGACAUUCAAACACCAGCGUAUAACCCAUCAUACACUGGUCAUCAAUUGCUCCAGCAUUCGGAUGAGCAGCUAUCCGCGCACAUUCCUCUCCAGCCUCAACCCUGGUUGGCGCCGUCCACUGCGCCGCCAAGAGAUCCAUCUUGGGAAUAA